AUGACUGUAAUGCUGUGCUGGAUUGUGAAGCUGUGGAAAUAGAUAAAGUUCAGAGGAAAGAGGUGUAGCCAACAUCCUCUGUGAUAACAUUCCUACGGACCUGUUCUUCACCAACCAAUCACUGUUCAGCAAACAGGUAUAGUGACACAUGCCACACCUAUGACAGGCAGCAGCACGUGAAUGAAAGACGGAGGUUAAGAAACAUAUGAAAAGCUUGCACUGGUUUAAAACUAUUCUCAAAAAAGAAAAGGGAGAUUGUUAACUGUUUAAGAAUUUGAAUUAAAUUCAUUGGGGCGGUGCUGUUAAAAGUGCGUAGACAACGACAACAAGGAACUGUUAUCUGAGAAAAGGAAAGACAAAAACAAGCAGUGGUGGAGGAUGGACACAUGGCUGAAUCAAGUCCAGAAGCAUCCAGCCCUCUCUGUAUUGUGCUGCUCUGUGGCCUUCAGGAUCCUUCACAGGUUACUGCAGACUGUGCCGAGUCCCAGCAUCGUGGAUGCAGACCCCUGGAGGUCAUGGAAGUGGAAGAACCUUUCAGUGUCACUCGUCCACUCUUUGCUAACUGGCACUUGGGCUGUUGCCUGUGUAAUACAGCAUCCAGUGAUGGUGCAUGAAAUCCGUUCAACCUACACGCCUCCCUCCUACCUGCUAGUCAUCGUUUCGUCUGGAUACUUCAUGCAGGAUGCUGGUGAUAUUAUCUUCAGUGGAUAUGCAAAAGCAUCUUGGGAAUUUCUGCUGCACCAUGUUAUGGUGAUUUGGUGUUUCCUGUACGCCGUGUUCACACAUCUUUAUGUGGCAGGUGCAGUUGUGGCCUUGUUUGUGGAGGUGAACAGUGUAUUUUUACACACACGUUUAUUACUGAAACUGGCCAAAGUGGCUCCGAAUUCCCUCCUUUACUCCAUCAACAAAGUGGUUAAUGUACUGACCUAUGUAGUCUUCCGGCUUGGAGCGCAGUGUUAUCUCACCUGGUACAUCAUAUAUCACUAUUCAUCCCUGGAUCACGCCUUCUGCUUCCUAAUAACUAUGUUCCUCAUGGACAUCAUGAUUCUCGUUUAUUUUUACCGCCUCCUCUGCACUGAUUUCUUCUCCAAGCGCCGUCCAGACAGAAGUACCCAUAAAUUUGCUGAUGACUAAAUCAACAAUGCUUGGCAGGGGUUGAUUAUGGUUCUUCUCUUAAAAAAAAAAACACGCGACAACAAACUUUUAGUCUACAUGACAGCUGUAUUAACACAAAUCUCGGUAUGUUUUUGAAUCAGAGACAAUGAUCUACAUCUUGUAGGCUACAUGUAAAAAUGAAAAAGAUACUUGACUAGUCUUUUAUUAUGUUCCAUUUUCUACACAUUCGCACAUUUUCAGGAAAAAAAACCUUAUGGUAGUGUAUCAGAUUGCAAAUCUAGAUAUUGGUAGAAAAUCAACCUUAUAAUUAUCACACUGGAAACUCAGAUAGCUUCAUCUUCAACUGUGCUUUUUGAAAAGUACUGAAUCUCACGGAUGUUGGCCACAUAGUUUCCUUAAAUUUAUUUGCACAUCCACAAAAUUGGCUUUAUCAAUUUUACCAAAAUGAUGAAUUUUCCUAGUUUCUAAAUACUGAUAAACCUACCUCAGACUCAAAAUCUGAAAGGAGCAAUGUUACCUCACAAACAUGCUGACGUACGUAGAAUUAUGCUUUUUUUCUAAUCAUUUUCUUUUCCCCAUCAAGUAAUAUCUUAAACCUUAAUGCUUAAAAUCGUUUCACUGCAUUAAAAUUUAGUAAUACACCUUUUUUCAGGGUGUUUUCUGUCUAACAAGAUUUGUGCUCAUGUUUUCAUAGUGUGUGAAAUGUAUAGUUCAAUGCAAUGAGUCGCUUUGGAUAAAAGCAUCUGCCAAAUGCAUAAAAAUGUUAAAAAAAAAGUGUAUUAUCCAACGAUUUAACUUUGGCACAUGGCACCAUUUGACAGCUGACCUAGAGAGAUUUGAGACAAUGGAUUCUGAUUAUCUAUAAAAGUAUUAGUUAAUAGCAGAAUAUCUCAUGCACAACAUUUUAAGUGCAACGAUAAUGUUUAAUUCAAUUUCAGUAAUUCAAAAAUAAUAUCCAUAAAUUUGCUAUCAUUCUUUCCAAAUCUUCAACU